GAGAAAAAAAAAAAGAGAGAUGGAGCAGCUUCAAACCAAACUAUUCGAAGCUGCAACACGAAAUUCCAUUACUUCACUUCAACAACUAUUGAUUGAUGAUCCAUUAAUUCUCGAGAGAGCUCUAGUUAACCGUUUCAAUGAGACACCUUUGCACGUUGCAGCCAUGUUGGGUCAUGUGAAUUUCGCUCGGGAAAUCAUAAGGUUGCAGCCAAAACUAGUGAACGAGUUGAAUUCGCAUCUAUCUUCUCCUCUGCAUCUCGCAGCGGCUAAAGGCCAUGUCGGGGUCGUGAAGGCUCUUCUAUCGGUCGAUAACCAGGCGUGUUUGGCCCGCGAUAGGAACGAGCUUUUGCCGUUGCAUUUGGCAGCAGCUAAAGGCCACGUUGAAGCUAUGAAACUGCUGCUUGAAGCUCGACCGGAAGCGACUAUGGUUAGGGCUUGUGGAGGAGAGAGCAUCUUGCAUUUGUGUGUCAAAAGUUACCAAUUGGAGGCUCUCAAGCUAAUAGUGAAAAGUGUGAGAAAUGUUGGUGUCCUCAUCAACUCUAGGAAUAAUGAUGGAAACACUAUCUUGCAUUUAGCUGUUGCAGAAAAGCAAGUUGAGGCUGUGAAAUAUUUGGUGAGCGUGGGUGCAGUAGACGUGGAUGCAAAAAAUGAAGAUGGUUUAACAGCAAUGGAUGUUCUUACAGGAAGCAGAAGAGAUGUGAGGGACCCUGAAAUUGUAUACUUGCUUAAACAUGGUGAUAAGCCAGCAAAGAUGAAGGCAAAGAAAAACAGUUGGGAUGGUUUGUUGAAGCAACAUGCUAUUUGGCUUGAUAAAGAGAAACAGACAUUAAUGGUGGUGGCUUCCUUGAUUGCGGCCAUGACAUUUCAAGUUGGAGUUAACCCUCCGGAUGGUCUUUGGAAAAACCACCAUAUUCCAUUGAAUGCAACAGACCCUAUUGAUCCAGAUGUACCCGAUCCAUCCAAAUAUAUAACUGCCGAUUAUUCUACGAAAUUCUACCUUUGGAACACGGUAGCGUUUAUAUCGUCUCUAAGCAUCAUAUUGCUUUUAACAAGUGGAUUGCCAAUAAGGCGUAGGUUCUUUAUGUGGAUCCUUAUGGUGAUCAUUUGGGUCGCUAUCUCAGCUGCCGCAGGGAGUUAUAUAUGCGUCAUAGUGUAUUUGAGAGAGAUAGAGGGAGGCCAAGCGUUUGAGGUAGCUGACCCGCAAGUGUACACUUUGCUUGUGUGGAUCGGUUUGAUGUUUCUCCUUCUUGUUGGUCACACCAUCCGUUUGAUAGUGAGGGGCCUUAAAAAGCUUAGGAAUGGAGUGGCCAAGUGUACACGCUCUUUGUGCUAACUGGUUGUAACCAAUCUUCACACAGAGAAGGACUCGACGUCAAGUCCAGCUGCGCCUGCAAGUUUGAUUUAGUUGUAAAUUCUGUUAUGCUGUAAUUGUGUCGAGCAAAAGUUAUAAGCUUCAUUAUGGGUUUUCUUUGUCGGUUCUUACCUAGAAUGCAACCGCACAUAGGUUUAAAUAAGUACAAAAUAUGGCCAUUGUACUCCCUUUGUCCCACAAGAGUAUGCACUCUUUCAUUUUUCCUA